AUGGCCAGCGAUAAUCUAACCGGUACAACCUCUGUCGUCAAUCUACUAUCGACCGACGAUGCUCUAGUUCCACCCUCUCGGGCCAGGACUCCUACCUCGGAGCUGGACCCGUCGUCUGUACCGACCCGUCUGUCGAACGCAGCCCAGCAGUCUCGGCAUGCAGGGAAACGCAAUCAGCUCUACUCUUCAAACGCUGUGCCUGCCAUGCCCUUUGAGCUCGCAGAACAGCGUCUGGAGCGGGAACUUGUCCGGAGUUAUCUGCACAACUUGCAUUAUCUACAUCCCAUGCUGGACAGCCGAGUAUUCUCAGCACAGUGCGAGGAAGUGAUGUGGGCGGCUGGUCCCAAAAGUACAAGGUCUAGAGACGAUCGGCACUUCAUUGCGUUGUACAACAUCGUAGUGGCUGUUGGAGCACUGGUCUCCAGCCGUGAUACCAUGGAUGAUCUAGGCCUUGACAUUAGGCUCUUCCAACAGACUGUGCCCGGAAGUUCCGAGACGGCUCAGCACAGUCUACUGCGCAAUCUCUCCAGGAAGUACUUUCAGAAAUCGAGAGCUGCUCUCGGUGACGUAUUCGAAGCAUGUUCGUUGGAGAGUGCGCAGACACUUCUCUUGAUGUCUCUUUAUUGUCAGAAUUUCCUGAAACCGCAUGCAUGCUACAUGUACAGUGGUAUGGCGGUCCGUACGGCAUUGGCAAUUGGGUUGCCAACAGAGUCUAUUUCGUCUUCAGUCGAAGCGCGCAAAGCUGCACGCAGGACUUGGUGGUGCAUAUACUCUCACGAAAGUGAUAUGAGCUGCUCCUCUGGACGUCGAGACAGUCUUGCAAAGCCACGCAAUUACCCUGUUCCGUUUCCUCGUAUCAAGGGUCGUAGUCCCGAACAAGCGACUCUCGAGGACGAAGAUCAUGGUGUGGCAAUGAUCAAUGAAAUGGUCCACUUCGCGGUGGUGCUUCGAAGGAUCUCAAAAGAGAUAUACCACAAUACCAAAGGUCUAACGAUGCUGCAAAAGUCCAACGUCGCAAAUCAGCUGGAUGCCCUUCUCUUGGAAUGGAAAUCCAAUCUACCAGAGUGGCUGAACUUCGAAGUCGUUACCUUCUGCGGGACGGAAAUGGCCGCAAAACAAAAGCUCGUGCUUCAUCUUCGCUAUCUGAACGCCCGCAUCAUCCUUCAUCGGCCCUUCUUGGCAGACUUCCAUGGCGGCGAUGCAGCAAUCAGGAAGAAGCACGUCGAUCUAUGUGUUGAUGCGGCUCGUGAGACAAUACGAGUACUCUACAGCGCGUAUGCCUCGCUUCCCUACUUCCGGACAUGGUGGUACAAUUCGACAUACUCGUUGUACGCAGGCAUGAUCAUCCUCUACGCUAUUAUGCUUGGCCAUACCUCAGUUCCCAGCAACAAUCUCGUUGAAGACGUGAAGAAAAGUCGAGACAUCCUCCGAUCAAUGGAAGAAGCAAGCGUUGCUCGUCGGAGCGCUGAUUUGAUGAGUGAGGUUCUAGACAUGGCGAGAGCUUACAGUCAAAGGGAGCGGAGCACAGAGCCCGAAAUGGUUGAGACCGGAUCGUACAAUAACGAGCAGCAAGGCCACCAACAGUCGCAUCAAGGACAUCCUGAUAUGGACGAGCUAUUCUCGCGGGAGUACUUCCAAAACACAGAUCCAGGACAAGACCCCGAAGCUUUAUUGGCAUCUCUUAUCGAAUCCAAUAUGCUUCAAGACUUUACGGCAGCGGACGUUGGAUCGGCGGAUCUGGACUUUUCCAUGUUACCGACUUACGGAGAUCUCGGGUUCCUUGUUAACGAUCAGUAUAAUGGACUGGUCCCGAUUGGGCAGGGAUUUGGCUAA